UAGAAAAUAAAAUAUUUACUAUGGAAGAUUAUCGACUUAAGUUCUUCAAAUGGACUUAUGAGAAAGUCAAGAACAUUGACAUGUUCAAGCAGACUGUCAACCUUACUUACAAGGGAAAGUACCACUUCUCUAAUUGAGUUGGAGCUCUCUGCACUUUAGGGGUUCUCCUCGCCUUGCUUGUCUAUGCCAUCGUGCUUUUUAGGGCGAUGUUUAAAAGAACCAAUGUGAGCUGGAACCAUAACUCUGUGUAUGUUAACUUGGCAGAAGACCAGUCUGACCUGGAAUGGGCUGCGGAUGACCCAGAGUUUAAGAUGUAUUGGAUGGGUUUGCAUAAAGAAUUGAUGCCUGAAGGAUAUGAGCCCGAACAAUUAGGAGUUUCUGAAGUCUAUAGUCUUUCUACUAAUUAUGAAAGGGAUGACGGAAUUUUUGAGCAUAAUAGAACUACUUUUGAUAAUUUUAGUUGAGAUAAUAGUUUUCCAGUUCUUCAAGAUAAGAGUUAUUCAUACCAUCAAGUCACUCCAGUCUGCCCACAAUUGGCAGGCCAAAAGGUUCAAGGACGAGUGGGUCUUGGAAAAUAACCACAAAGAAUUGAACUUUGGACUGAUGCCAUGAAUUCAAAGCAGUACAAAUCUCUGAGUCCCUCAAAACCAAAUGGAGCCAUUGCUAUCUGGCUCGUCCAUAUCCGUCCACCUGAUGAACAGAUAUGUUGACUUGAACGACAUAGACAAUCCCAUCAAAAGAUUUUAUGAUGAUGAAAUCGAAUUAGUUUUUAAACAGAACAAACAUGUAUUGGUGGAUCUCAAACUCAGACAGCAUGAGGUGAUUCUAGAAGACUCUUUGUUGCCCACUUUCUCUGAUCCUGACCCUAUUUACUUCAAUAGCAUUGAGGACUACAAGUAUUCUGAAGAAGAGAUUGAUGAUCCUGGAUAUUUCUACGGAAAGGUCCAAAUCAGAAUCAGAAAAGACAGUCAAGUCGAGCAGCACAGAAGAAAAGUCCUUAACUUCCUCGAAGUCACAGGAAUUCUUGGAGGACUCUUUGAGGUCUUCGAAAUUGGAGUUGGAGUUCUCAUCGGACUAUACUCUUCGUUUAUAUUUAAAAGAAGCCUGUACAAAGAUAUUUCAAAAUAUGAGCAAAAGUUUGAAGCCAUGGAGAAAUGUAUAGCCAAACUUGAAAACAAGAUUCAGCAAAAUAAUCAGAACACUCAAAGUAAAGAUCUUAAUCAAGCUAUGAGGAUGAAUGAAUCAAAUAACAAAAGCCAACACUUUUUCAGUAAUUUGAAAAGAAAGCAAGAGAGCAAAAUUGAAGAAAUUGAAAACCUUGAAGAAGCGAAAGAGCAAGUCAACUAUGAAGAAAGCAAAGAGUUAAAUAUGGAACCUGAGAACGUCGAGGAGAGCAAGCUAAGAUCGGCUCCUUUAAAGGUACCAAAGUUCGGACUUUUUGCUCAGACUGAGAGCAAUCAUGAAACCAUCGAAGAGCGUAAAUAAAACCUUACUUGGCUCUCUACUGUCUAAAGCCACUAAGUCUGAUACAGAAGUCGAGAAGAUGAAAGAGUCUUUAGACUGCCUAAACAUAGUCUACAUGAUCAAAGUCCUCCGAAGACAGACCCAAUACCUUCUAUUCAAAGACUCUGACUACCAAUCUCACCUAAAAUCCCACCCUGAACUAGACUUCCACUGCUCAACCCCCUUAGCCCACUUCCAGCCUGGAGCCAUCAUUGACUUAUGUAAGGCCAAGUCCCAAAGAAUCCAGCCGUACCGCACAGAGCUAUAAUAUAAAAUUUCUUUCAUACAUUCAGUC